AUGCGUCGAGUCAUAUCAGACCUGCUCAUUUCAGCGGGACGGCGACCCGGGAACAAUCUCUCCUCGCUACGAAAUAGAACGACGAACGGAAAUAAGUCUCAACGACGACACAACUCGAAUAAACCUAUAGAAAAGAAUGACCUUACACCAACGAAAGAGUCCUCGCCACCGUCCGAGACUACAACUUCUCCAUCGACAGUCCCUCCUCCACCCACGGGCUCGGUAACCUCGUCCGCCGGAGCAGCUACUUCACCCCUCCCAGCAGCACGGAGUAGCAGCAGUCGUCGGGGUAUAGGCGAACUCAUUAAAUCAGGACCGAUCGGUCGAUUCGGGAAUUGGUACACGAAUGCGCAACACAAGAGGCCAUACGUUACGCAAUUAGCGAGCUCGUUCAUUAUUUAUCUGGCAGGUGAUCUGAGCGCGCAGUUGUUGUUUCCGUCGGAAGUGAAAACGGCCGAAAAUAAGGAUGGAAAGGAAGGAGAAGAAUCGGUGGCGACGGUGGGAUAUGAUCCGUUGCGAACGUUGAGGCAUUUGACCGUUGGGCUUGUGUCGAGUAUUCCUUCUUAUAAAUGGUUCAUGUUCCUCCACCACAACUUCAACUACACCUCUAAAUUCCUCUCCAUCACCACCAAAGUCGCCGUCCAACAAGCCGUCUUCACCCCGGUCUUCAAUACCUACUUCUUCAGUAUGCAAUCCUUACUGGCUGGCGCAUCGAUCUUCGAGACGUGGGAGCGACUGAAACUGGCCGUGCCUAACAGUAUCAAGAACAGCGUCAAGCUCUGGCCGGCUGUGACGGCGUUUAGUUUCAUGUAUAUUCCGCCGCAUUUCAGAUCAGUGUUUGGAGGUACGAUUGCGGUGGGCUGGCAGACGUAUUUGAGUUGGUUGAAUCAGAAAGCGGCGAGGGAGGUUGCGGCUGCGGAGGCUGCUACGAAUGCCUUGAAGAGUACUACUCUACAGUCCGCGGAUGGUAAUGUAGCAGCCAUAUUCAAUCUUGCCAAACAAAACGCUAUGCAACCGAACGAUUUGGACGACGAUAGUAGCGACUACGGCUCAGACUUCACACUAGACGAACAAGAGCUGUUGAGCGAACUGCUUGCACGCGUCGUCGCACCGGAACAUCAAACUUCUACCGUCACUACAACCACCGCCGAAGAAACCACAACCGCAACGACAUCCGAAUCCCAGCAACAGCUCUUGGCAGAACUUUUGCUAGAUGAUUUACAACCAUUAUCCGAUCCGCUAAUCGUCUCUGACAUAGAGGACUAUGAACUUCCGCAUUCCGUCCGCGUGCCUAGGGUGCUGGGUCGGGAGGCAUGGAGUCCUGCGACAAAACGCGUUUGGCAGAGGCAGCAGAACCAGACUGGUGGCACAAUUACGAGAAGGCUAUGGCCUAGUCAGCUUACGGCAGCAGUCAACGUCCGCUCGCAGAUCGGUGAACGCGAAGGCUCUCCUGAAGGCAGAACACGAGAUCGGGAACGACAGCGAGAUAGGGAGAAGGAAUGGACGGACGCCGAAGGCAGGACCGAAGCCAAAACCGAGCCGCAGACGGAGUCUACACCAGCCAAUGUCGUCAACAACGAGGAUGGUACAACGGCACCAAGCGUCGAGCAAAAAUCACCUAUAGAGCGAUUCCGGAAACCGCCAAACAAAGCAUUUUCGGUAUCGGAUUUGAUUUCUCCGGCUUGGUGCGAGUUGCAGUAUUGGUAUACGUUGACGAAACACGGACGCAAACGAAGAACGCCGGCUAUGAUGCAGGGUACUGCGGUGCACAAAGUCCUCGAGGACGAAGUGCACACCACUGUACCAGUCGACAUCACCACAAAGGAGGAUGGAUGGGCAUUGAGGAUAUGGAAUGUGAUCCAGGGUCUUCGGACGCUGAGAACAUACGGAUUGACGCGUGAGCUUGAGGUCUGGGGUCUCGUGGAAGGCGAGAUUGUGACCGGGAUCAUCGAUCAGCUCUCGUACAUCUGUCCAGACCCGAAGUUGGAGGCGAGUGCUGCGCGGCACUAUGCAGAUGCUGAAGCGGCGCGAGCUGCGUUGCCGGAGUAUCAGAUGUCGAUUUCGGAUUAUUUCAUGGCGUCUGGGGCUGGGAAGCCGUUGGAUGAGAUGUGGAAACAGCCUGAAGAGCCUGCUCCUACCGACGACGAUUAUGGCACGGAUUUGGAUCAGUCGUACCUUGAUGUGCCGAGGAUAUAUAUUACAGAUAUCAAGACUCGAGCGAGUCGCUCUGUGCCUACGGUUAAAAGUACUGGAUUUCGCCCGACGCAUUUACAGUUGCAGCUAUACUACCAUAUACUUAAUCGAUCCGUGACCAGCGACGACGUGACAAUGGAAGCGAUCGCAGAACGAUAUGACCUGGAUCCCCAGCGCACAUUUUCCGAUGCAUUCAUUGCAGAGGUCGGCGGGCUGAAUGAGGAGUUUUUCGAUGCUGCUUCUUCGCCGAUAUCAAGCUCGGAUCCUGAUUUUGUGCCUGUAGGGAGUAGUCAGGAUUCUGUUAGCAUAUUGCUUUCGCAUAAUAAUUUACAUAGUCUGUGGGAUCUGAUGAAGAAGCAUCUCCGGUAUACGUUCUUGCCUACGUCGCAAAAUCAAAACAUUGCACCAUCCAUCCCGGCUGCUGUCCAGCCUGAUUCGCUGGCUCUAUAUCCCACUGUGCUUUCUCCGGUAUUGACGGCGAAAUACCUGUCGUCCACAAAGAUGUCAGAAGAUGGCGUUCCUGACGAACUUGGCAGUCGCUCAUUCCUGUUUGAUCCUUCAGAUCUGACGUCGUAUACAUCUGACCAAAUAAAAUGGUGGCGCGGUGACCGCGCGCCUCGCGGAGUUGAGGUAUUUGAUGCAUGGAAGUGUCGGAUAUGCGAUUUUCGAGAAGAGUGCGAUUGGCGGAUAUCGAAGGAAUAUGAGUUUGCGACGAGGAGGAGACGAUUGUCCAAGACUGCGAUAGAGAUGCUUGGGCCGGUUUAA